GAUCAGCUUUUACUCAUGUCUUCAAUUUUAUAUACGCAGGGUAUCUUUAAUCAAAUAAAGAUGUUUCUCUAGGCAAACCCUUUCUCUUUCUGCUGUUGUAUUUCCAACUAGGAGCUUUUCACUGACAGUCAGCUCUGUGCUUCUGAAAUGGGAGUCCUUUUACUGUUGCAUAGCUACUAUAACACAUAGAGCUCCCUGCUCUCUCAUUCUCUCUUUGUUUUAGCACAACCAGAUAACAUUAACUUGUCAUCACAUAUAUUUUGAUUGUCUAGAUCGUGUUUGAAAUGUCCAUCUUGACAUCGGUCUUAGAAUUAACAUAAGAACGGAUGGGGACGCGUAAGUUAUCGUGUAUAUAUCUUUUUUAACGGUGCUGUGAUUGACGACCAGCUGGUUUCGGGGGGAGUGAUCAGAAGUCAUCAUAUAACACCCCAUCUUGCCAAAUGGAUGAUGAUCUAAAACCUCUGGAUUUCAUAAAGGACUUUCAAGAGUACCUGACACAGCAAACACACCAUGUCAACAUGAUCUCGGGCUCUGUCGGUGGGGAGAUAGAGCCCGACCACCUCCAAGCUGCAGCUCUCCCAGACAGCGAUCAUCACAAUGGGUCGGUGGAAGUCUCUCUGGACGACAGCUCUGGGCUGCUGGUGGACGGCUUUCAGAGGACUUUCGACGGCAAGCUCAAGUGUAGCUACUGCAGCUACGCCAGUAAAGGCACCGCUCGCUUGAUAGAGCACAUCAGAAUUCACACAGGAGAGAAGCCUCACCGCUGCCAGCUGUGCCCCUUCGCCUCUGCCUACGAGCGCCACCUUGAGGCCCACAUGCGCUCCCACACGGGAGAGAAGCCCUACAAGUGUGACCUCUGCUCCUUCCGUUGCAGCGACCGCAGCAACCUGUCCCACCACCGCCGGCGCCGCCACAAGCUUUUACCCAUGAAGGGGGCGGGGCUGCCCGCCUUCCUGUCCAACAAGAAGAUGCUGAACGUCCUACAGAAGAAGAGUGGCAGCUCCCUGGGCCUGGGAGGCUACAGCAGACACCUCCUCAUCAACUUCAGCCCUCCCUCCAUGGUGGUGGGGAAACCAGACUACCUGAACCACGAGGUGUACGAGAGCGAUGUGAAGGACCAUGGGACUGGAGGAGGGGGAGGAGCCAGCAGGGAUGUCAACAGUGACAUGAUGGUGGACAAUAAUCCACUGAACCAGCUGUCUACGCUGGCAGGCCAGUUGUCCAACCUCCCCCCAGUGGACCAGACCCCCGUGUCUCCUGACAGACUGUCCUGUAACGACGUCAAGCCGUUCCUCAUCCAGCAGGCCUCUGGUGCACCGAUUGCAGUGUCAGUAUCUUUGUCCACCAGUCAAAGUGGUGCCCACCACCACCACUACCACCACCACCACCACCAAACCUCCUCCCCAACCAGCCCCGAGGACCUCCAACCCCCUGCAGGCCAUAGCAGGAACUACAGCCCCAGCCCUGUGGACCCAGAACCCAGCAGUGAGCACAGUGCACACACACGCACCAGCUCAGCUAGCAUUAGUAACAGCCAGCCCAGUACCCCUGCCCUGCUCGGUAGCACACAGCACCCAGACCCACAGAUGCUGCACAGCUGCCAGCACUGCGACACCUACUUCUCAGACAACAUCAUGUAUACCAUUCACAUGGGUUGCCACGGCUACGAGAACCCCUUCCAGUGUAAUGUCUGCGGCUGUAAGUGCAGGAACAAGUAUGACUUCGCCUGCCACUUCGCUCGCGGGCAGCACACGCAGUGACUGACUUCCACAGUAACCAGAGAGAUGAAUUCGAACGAUGUUUGGUCGUCUCACAGAGAACAUGCACUUAUUCCCGUGUUUAUGAUAAUCAGGGAUCAGAGCGAUUCUGAUCUCGAUUUUAUUGUGUAGUUUUUUAUUUGAUUAUAUAACUUAAGAGAGUGAGUGUUACUUUGAAAUGAGGAAUUGAUGUUUCUAUAAAUGGGAACGCAAUCUGGAGGUUGGAGACAUUUAUCACGUGUCCUCCUCGGUGCCGUCUGAGAAUUUAAAGAAAGCAAUCUGGAGGUUGGAGACAUUUAUCACGUGUCCUCCUCGGUGCCGUCUGAGAAUUUAAAGAAAGCAAUCUGGAGGUUGGAGACAUUUAUCACGUGUCCUCCUCGGUGCCGUCUGAGAAUUUAAAGAAAGCAAUCUGGAGGUUGGAGACAUUUAUCACGUGUCCUCCUCGGUGCCGUCUGAGAAUUUAAAGAAAGCAAUCUGGAGGUUGGAGACAUUUAUCACGUGUCCUCCUCGGUGCCGUCUGAGAAUUUAAAGAAAGCAAUCUGGAGGUUGGAGACAUUUAUCACGUGUCCUCCUCGGUGCCGUCUGAGAAUUUAAAGAAAGCAAUCUGGAGGUUGGAGACAUUUAUCACGUGUCCUCCUCGGUGCCGUCUGAGAAUUUAAAGAAAGCAAUCUGGAGGUUGGAGACAUUUAUCACGUGUCCUCCUCGGUGCCGUCUGAGAAUUUAAAGAAAGCAAUCUGGAGGUUGGAGACAUUUAUCACGUGUCCUCCUCGGUGCCGUCUGAGAAUUUAAAGAAAGCAAUCUGGAGGUUGGAGACAUUUAUCACGUGUCCUCCUCGGUGCCGUCUGAGAAUUUAAAGAAAGCAAUCUGGAGGUUGGAGACAUUUAUCACGUGUCCUCCUCGGUGCCGUCUGAGAAUUUAAAGAAAGCAAUCUGGAGGUUGGAGACAUUUAUCACGUGUCCUCCUCGGUGCCGUCUGAGAAUUUAAAGAAAGCAAUCUGGAGGUUGGAGACAUUUAUCACGUGUCCUCCUCGGUGCCGUCUGAGAAUUUAAAGAAAGUCACUUCUUAUUUUUUAAAAGUAACCUUUUAUUUAACCAGGUAGGCAAGUUGAGAACAAGUUCUCAUUUACAACUGUGACCUGUCCAAGAUAAAGCAAAGCAGUUCGACACAAACAACAACACAGAGUUACACAUGGAAUAAACAACAACACAGAGUUACACAUGGAAUAAACAACAACACAGAGUUACACAUGGAGUAAACAACAACACAGAGUUACACAUGGAGUAAACAACAACACAGAGUUACACAUGGAAUAAACAACAACACAGAGUUACACAUGGAGUAAACAACAACACAGAGUUACACAUGGAGUAAACAACAACACAGAGUUACACAUGGAGUAAACAACAACACAGAGUUACACAUGGAGUAAACAACAACACAGAGUUACACAUGGAGUAAACAACAACACAGAGUUACACAUGGAGUAAACAACAACACAGAGUUACACAUGGAAUAAACAACAACACAGAGUUACACAUGGAAUAAACAACAACACAGAGUUACACAUGGAAUAAACAACAACACAGAGUUACACAUGGAAUAAACAACAACACAGAGUUACACAUGGAAUAAACAACAACACAGAGUUACACAUGGAAUAAACAACAACACAGAGUUACACAUGGAAUAAACAACAACACAGAGUUACACAUGGAGUAAACAACAACACAGAGUUACACAUGGAGUAAACAACAACACAGAGUUACACAUGGAAUAAACAACAACACAGAGUUACACAUGGAGUAAACAACAACACAGAGUUACACAUGGAAUAAACAACAACACAGAGUUACACAUGGAGUAAACAACAACACAGAGUUACACAUGGAGUAAACAACAACACAGAGUUACACAUGGAGUAAACAACAACACAGAGUUACACAUGGAAUAAACAACAACACAGAGUUACACAUGGAAUAAACAACAACACAGAGUUACACAUGGAGUAAACAACAACACAGAGUUACACAUGGAAUAAACAACAACACAGAGUUACACAUGGAGUAAACAACAACACAGAGUUACACAUGGAGUAAACAACAACACAGAGUUACACAUGGAAUAAACAACAACACAGAGUUACACAUGGAAUAAACAACAACACAGAGUUACACAUGGAAUAAACAACAACACAGAGUUACACAUGGAGUAAACAACAACACAGAGUUACACAUGGAAUAAACAACAACACAGAGUUACACAUGGAAUAAACAACAACACAGAGUUACACAUGGAAUAAACAACAACACAGAGUUACACAUGGAAUAAACAACAACACAGAGUUACACAUGGAAUAAACAACAACACAGAGUUACACAUGGAAUAAACAAAUGUACAGUCGAAAACACAAUAGAAAAAGUCUAUAUACAGUGUUGUGUAAAUGGCGUGAGGAGUUAAGGCAUGAAGCAUGAACAAGCCCAUUGGUCCAAACAGGUGCUCAUCAACAUUGACAAACAGACAGGCUUUGUUAUACAUUGUGUAUAGGGGUGUCUCACUUUAUUGUGAGUGUAAAAACGUAAUAUUAUAUCAACGGCUUGAAGUGAAUGACAUCUGUGCAUAUUGAUGCUUUCAGCUUAGACAUGAUUUCACUCUGUAAUUUACUCUGCUCUGUUCCACAUUCAGAUUGAUUCCACGUGUUCUCUGUUCCACAUUCCGGUUGAUUCCAUGUGUUCUCUGUUCCACAUUCAGAUUGAUUCCAUGUGUUCUCUGGUCCACAUUCCGGUUGAUUCCAUGUGUUCUUUGUUCCACAUUCCGGUUGAUUCCAUGUGUUCUCUGGUCCACGUUCCGGUUGAUUCCAUGUGUUCUCUGUUCCACAUUCCGGUUGAUUCCAUGUGUUCUCUGGUCCACGUUCCGGUUGAUUCCAUGUGUUCUCUGUUCCACAUUCCGGUUGAUUCCAUGUGUUCUCUGUUCCACAUUCCGGUUGAUUCCAUGUGUUCUCUGUUCCACAUUCCGGUUGAUUCCAUGUGUUCUCUGUUCCACAUUCAGAUUGAUUCCAUGUGUUCUCUGUUCCACAUUCCGGUUGAUUCCAUGUGUUCUCUGGUCCACAUUAAGAUUGAUUCCAUGUGUUCUCUGCUACACAUUCAGAUUGAUUCCAUGUGUUCUCUCUCUGUUCCACAUUCAGAUUGAUUCCAUGUGUUCUCUGUUCCACAUUCCGGUUGAUUCCAUGUGUUCUCUGGUCCACAUUAAGAUUGAUUCCAUGUGUUCUCUGCUACACAUUCAGAUUGAUUCCAUGUGUUCUCUCUCUGUUCCACAUUCCGGUUGAUUCCAUGUGUUCUCUGUUCCACAUUCCGGUUGAUUCCAUGUGUUCUCUGUUCCACAUUCAGAUUGAUUCCAUGUGUUCUCUGUUCCACAUUCCGGUUGAUUCCAUGUGUUCUCUGGUCCACAUUAAGAUUGAUUCCAUGUGUUCUCUGCUACACAUUCAGAUUGAUUCCAUGUGUUCUCUCUCUGUUCCACAUUCAGAUUGAUUCCAUGUGUUCUCUGUUCCACAUUCCGGUUGAUUCCAUGUGUUCUCUGGUCCACUUUAAGAUUGAUUCCAUGUGUUCUCUGCUACACAUUCAGAUUGAUUCCAUGUGUUCUCUCUCUGUUCCACAUUCCGGUUGAUUCCAUGUGUUCUCUCUCUGUUCCACAUUCCGGUUGAUUCCAUGUGUUCUCUGUUCCACAUUCAGACAUCCUCUGUUUCUGCCAAUCACAUCAUUUCUUACCUUCAGCCUUACUGAUUUAUAUUACCUGGUGCUCUUUAGCUAAUACCUCCUAAAUCAACAAUGAUCUGUAGCAUAAAUACCAUUUGCGUUGGAGACUAAUCAUUCGGACUUGGAUAAAUCGUACUGCAUCAAAAGGCCAAAGUAUUCUUCUGAACCUGUUUUAAAAAGUAUUUAAAAGUAUUUCACGUAACAGUUGUAGCCGUGUUGGAAAUGAUUGUGGUCCUUACAGACAAUAACGUAACACCACCCCUUUCCUGAGUAUUGGAAAUGAUUGUGGUCCUUACAGACAGUAACGUAACACCACCCCUUUCCUGAGUAUUGGAAAUGAUUGUGGUCCUUACAGACAGUAACGUAACACCACCCCUUUCCUGAGUAUUGGAAAUGAUUGUGGUCCUUACAGACAGUAACGUAACACCACCCCUUUCCUGAGUAUUGGAAAUGAUUGUGGUCCUUACAGACAGUAACGUAACACCACCCCUUUCCUGAGUAUUGGAAAUGAUUGUGGUCCUUACAGACAGUAACGUAACACCACCCCUUUCCUGAGUAUUGGAAAUGAUUGUGGUCCUUACAGACAAUAACGUAACACCACCCCUUUCCUGAGUAUUGGAAAUGAUUGUGGUCCUUACAGACAGUAACGUAACACCACCCCUUUCCUGAGUAUUGGAAAUGAUUUGCACAGAUCAGAGCCUGGAGUUUGUUUUUCAUAUUUCACAUCCUGUUUGUUUUCUGGAAACAUAGAUUGAUGUAGCAGAGUGUCUAAUGGUCCCUGUAUUGGACUGGUGUUUUCUAUGCAGUGAUCUAGGAUGUGUAGGAUUGGCUCCCAAUCAAUUCUCUAUAUUGGACUAUGGAGAAAGUAAUGUUAUGAUAUGAAACACCACAGGGUAGAAAUAUGUAGAUUCUGAUUUACACGGAAGAAAAUUACACAUUUAAAAAUGCAAAAAUGUAAAAGAUUCAAAAGAGUCACAGUUCAUAUGAGGAAAUCAGUCUAAUAAAUAAAUUCAUUAGGCCCAAA